AUGUCAGAUCAGGAGGCAAAAUCUUCAGCUGAGGACUUAGGGGAUAAGAAGGAAGGAGAAUAUGUAAAACUGAAUGUUAUUGGACAGGAUAGCGGUGAGAUUCACUUUAAAGUGAAAAUGACCACACAUCUCAAGAAACUCAAAGAAUCUUACUGUCAAAAACAGGGAGUUCCAGUGAAUUUACUCAAGUUUCUCUUUGAAGGUUCUAGAAUUGGUGAUUAUCACACUCCAAAAGAACUGGGAAUGGAAGAAGAAGAUGUGAUUGAAGUUUAUCAGGAACAAAGAGGGGGUCAUUCAAGGAUGCAGGAUUUACAAGGAUUACACAAAGAUUUGUUUGAAGACUGA